UCUAUGCACUGAGUCUGCAGCAGAAGAGAGACGAGUUCAGACCAUGAAACGUUGCCCUAAGGAAGAAAUGCUUUGGCAUGGGAUUUUGAUAACUGUUUUACACUGGGAACUCUUUCAAAUAGCUGCAACGUUUUCUGAGACCUAUGGGAUUCCGCCAACAGAUUUCUUCCUGUCUUGUGUGCUGCCAAAUCAGUCAUCUAAUUAUUCUUUAGCAACUGGAAAUUUACGAAACAUCAAUACGGAUGAUCAUUUUUUAACUCACAAGUGGAAUUUCAGCUGUACCUUUUCAACAGAUUACACUUGUUGCCUUUGGGACUGUAUAGAUACAGACUGCUCCCGUGAAGACAAAGAUUUGGCGUUGCGAAACAACAAUGCAUCAUUAUUUGCUUCAGAUAUGUAUUUAAUUGAUUUCACUUGGAGACUUCACUGCCAGAUCCCAGGCAGCACAAGACAAUUAACGUGUAAAAUACAGUUUCUCUCAGAGACAAAUACCACAAGUAAACAAUAUAGAGUUAUUUUCCACUUUGCUGUGGUUUUGAACAGAGAGGUCGGAAAAAUGGCUGAAUGUAUAUGCCAUGGUAAUGAGACAUGCAAGUGCAUUAUACUAUCUGUGAUGCUUGAUCAUACCUAUGUCUUCUGGAUUGAAUUUCUAAGUGGCAUGAUAUCUUUCCAAUCUCCUUUGAUAUCUGUCAAUACUUCCAACAUAGUGAAGCCAGAUGCUCCGACCGAAUUGCAAGCCGAUAUAAUAGAACAUGGGAAAUUAAAGUUGUCUUGGACCAAACCUGUCUCUGUGCCAUACGGGCUUCAAUAUGAAGUGAAAAGCAGUUGGCAUUCGGGAGAAAAAGUCUCACAGAUGUAUCUACUUGUCAAUACAACUUCAGUGAUCAUAGAUAAUAUCCAGCCUUGUAUGCAACUUAUACUUGAAGUUCGUUGCAGAAACCAUAUUGGAGUUGGAAUAUGGAGUGAAUGGAGUGAUUCCUGGGUCUUUGACUCACAAAAUAUUUUCUACUUUCCCCAGAAGCUGAUGGUCAGCCGGGGCUCCCGUGCGUCUGUAUCGUGCUUCUAUUGUGACAAAGGGACUCGAGUUCCAGCCAAUGACCUAACAUGGUGGCUAAACCUAGCUGAGAAGAUACCAGAACAUCAGUACACAGUGGUCAAUGAUUAUAUCGGCCAAGUUACAAUAGAAAACCUCAACACAACAAAGCCCAAGGGGAAAUUCCUCUACGAUGUGUUACAUUGCUGCAUAAAAACAGAUGAAUGUCAGCAGCGUUAUGCAGAAAUUUAUGUUAUAGAUAUCAGCAUUAGCAUUUUAUGUGAAACCAAUGGGAACCAGACAGCGAUGGUCUGCAGAUGGAGCACUGAAAACAUCACCGUACCCGCAGGAAGCAUUUUACAGUUCAGAUAUUUUAGGAACAAUCUUUAUUGUUCAGAGAAGGACAUAACUGAUGAUGAAUCUAUCUCAAAAGAUUGCCAGUUACAGAAUGAAAAUCUGUAUGAAUGUAGCUUCCAGUCUAUUUAUCUGCUCUCUGGUUACACCAUGUGGAUUGAGAUAUAUCACCCUUUGGGGACACUGUAUUCUCCUCCUGUUUGCAUUAUUCCAGCAGAUGUAGUAAAACCAUUCGCUGUGUCAAGAGUCAAAGCUGAGAUCACAGACGGUGAUGGACAUUUAUAUGUGAGCUGGAAAAGGCCACCUCUUCCCGCAUAUGAUCUGCAGUUCCAGCUUCAGUACGGUGUGCGAGGGACAGCAACGUCACGCACGAUAGUCGACAUUGUAGAAGGACAAUCUGCACGUAUAGCACUUUCAGAUCCUUGUGUGUCCUACACUGUACAAAUUCGUUCUAAAAGAAUUGAUGAUACUGGGUACUGGAGCGACUGGAGUAUCCCUGUCCAUACAGUCUUAAAAGACGUCAGAGCUCCUCAAAAAGGACCAGAUUUCUGGAGAAUUGUUAAGACUGAUAAAAUAGAAAAAGGGGACAAUGUGACUCUAAUGUGGCAGCCAUUACAGAGGGAGCAGUCGCUGUGCAGUGUUGGAGGGUAUGAAAUUCAAUAUCAGAUUUCUGAGAAUGCGAGAUGGUCAAUAUACAUUGGAAACAUCACAAAAUACACAUUUACUUUAUCAAGCGACAUCCUUACAGUUACGGUUGUAGCCAUCAACUCGCUUGGAUAUUCUGCCUUGAAUAACAAAUUAACGUUUUCACAUGAAAUGAGUAAAGUGAAUAUCGUGCAGACUUUCCGUGUAUACCUUAUAAACAGUAGCUGUGCAGUAGCGGUCUGGACUCUCUUACCAAGUGUUUCUAACCCGUCAGAACUGGUUGUCGAAUGGCAGAACUUGAGAGAAGAUCCAAUCAAGUGGAUAUUUGUUCCUUCUAACAUCAGCAGAUAUUACAUUAAUGAUUAUUUUUUUGCAAUUGAGAGAUACCGGUUUAGACUUUAUCCGAUAUUUCCAGACGGAGUUGGCAGUCCACACGUUACAUACGAAUUCUCUAAAGUGAGUUUUAUCGAACAGAAUGAUACAGGAUUAUACGUAAUUUUGCCAAUAAUAGUUUUAUCUUCGUUGCUGCUGUUGGGAACAUUGCUGAUAUCACAUCAAAGAAUGAAACAAAUGUUUUGGAAAGAAGUCCCAAACCCCAAACAUUGUUCCUGGGCUCAAGGAGUUAAUUUUCAAAAGCCAGACACCUUGGAAAACCUAUUCAUAAAACAUCAUAGACAUCUGACGAUGAAUCCCCCAUUUCUCAUGGAACCAGAAUCUGAUUUUCAAGACUUGAGUAUUGACAACGUGCUUCAAAGUGACGAUAAAGCUGACAUGUCAGAGGUUAACGGUCUAUUUACCAAAGCUGAAGAUCCUGACUAUGACUCUGCAUGUGCAACUAGUCAGUUUGAUUAUGGGGAUGAUCCUGAAGAAACCAUUUACAAAGGGAGCGCGAGCCAAUCAAGUGUUAAAUAUGCAACAAUAGUCACCAACUCUCAACAAGACACACAAUACAGUAACGAAAGAAAGACCAGCACCAGCUCAUUCGAUGGAUGUUUUUUAGGUAAUAAUGCUAUAGUCAUUGGGAAUAGGGAAGAGGAAAAAAAGGCAUUUCUUAUAGCAGCCGGUUUACAACCCAGAGAACCAAACAAAACAUCAUCACGUUCUAUUGCGUCUUCCGAGGGCUUUUCAGAACCAUGUGACCAUGAUGGCAAUUUUCUAGAUGAGGAUAACCUAGAGAGAAAUCUUUAUUAUAUGGCACUUGGUUCAAUGAAAGAAAGGGAACAUACAAGUUAUUUCUCAGACAAGCCUCUAGUGUCAUAUGCAUUCCAGGAUAAUAUUUUAUAUCAAGAGAUUGAUUUUAUGAAAGACAGAUGUUCAGAAUUGAUAGAAAAUGAUUAUGCUCUCAGAAGUUCGGUUAAGAAAGCCUUCCUGUCUUAUAUGCCACAAUUUCAGACACAAUCUGUUAAGCUACAAGGGGACAAUGAGUCUUUAUGAACUAUUCAAAUGAAAUAUUAAAAAGAUUCAAUAAAAUGUGUAUCUAGUCAUAAAGCAUGUCAGAAGAGUAUUAAAUCCUUUCUUAAAAAAAAAAGAUACAAGGUUACUGACUUGCGUGGGUCUUCUGAAUGCAAUUAAUUGUGAAAAGAGCACAUUUAAACAAUACCAUUAAAUAUGUCAAAUGUA